AUGGAAUCCCAACUCAAGGAGUACACAUGCACAGAGUCAGCUCAAGGCCAAACACAGAUCAAUGGAACUUUGAGGCAACUUGAAGCUGCAAAAAUAAUUGUAGAGUCCCUAGGGGUUGAAGCUUCAAAAUUUGUUCAUGACCACAACUCUGAUGCAUUGGGACCAGAAGUCUCAUUUUUUAGGCAUGAGGUUGGACGAUUGAGGUGUAUCAUAGAGUCUGUUGAGACUAAGUUGUUGGAAGAACAGAUUCAGAACACAGUGAAGAUCAGGAAUGCUUACCAAUCAAUUGAGCUUAUAAAAUCAGAAUCAAGCCAUAGGGAAUCUGAGCUAAAGGUCGAGUUGAAGAAAAAGCAAGUUGAAAUUGAAGACCUGAAGGCAAAACUAAUGGAUGAUAAAAACAAGAAAUUGAAUUUGAAGGUUGGAAAAAGUAUAAUGUCACCUGAAAAAGAAUAUGAGAUUAUGGCUGAAUUUCAAAGGAUGGAUGAGUGUGUGGCAGAAUUGAAUGGUGAUCAUAUUAAGAAGGAGAGAGCAUUGCAAAGUAUAUCUGAAGAGAAUGAAAUUGUAAAGUAUAUCGGUAAGGCUAUGAUGAAACUUGAGAUUGUGAAAAAAGAGGCUGAGAAGAGCAAACAAAAUGCAAAGAGGUUGGCAGAGCAGUUGGAAGUAGUGCAAGCAGCAAUGUCUGAAACAAAAGCAGAAGUGAGAAGGCUAAGGGAGCAAUCUGAUCAGUGGAGGAAGGUUGCAGAAGAUGCUACUACUAUGAUUUAUCGAGGUAACAAUGGGCAACUCACUGAGAGAUCUCUGUCAUUGGACAACAGAUGUAACACUUCUUUGAUUAGGUAUCCGUUUUUUUCUGAAGAAAAUGAUGAUGGUUUCCAGAGAAAGAAAAGUGGCAACUUGCUAGAGAAGAUUAAAGGGUUAUGGAAGAAAAUUAAAAAAGAGUAA